GCAUGAUCUGUUGCAAAGCUGGUGGUAACGAACCGUAGACAAGCUACACAUACCAUUAUGGACAGUGACCCUGAUGAUUGCAUAUUUGAGGGUGAUGAAAAUGAAGAAGUUAUUGGCCAACAAAGAAUGGACUCCCCACAACACAUGGAAAUUGCCAACGGUUCAAACAACGACGAUUCAUCUAAUGAUGAAGUAAUGGAUGAUAAUCUUCCUGCUGCCAUGAUGAUGCAGGGUGUACCUGUCUCUAUCGGCAUUGACAACCACCCUACUGCAUCAAGCAAUGUUUCCAACUCCAAUCCCAUGCAGCACCAAUCUGUCACGCUCUCCAUCCUCCCCGCCUCCCACAACAUCCAGUCCUUACAGGAUCGGAUCGACGUGAGGAACACGAACCUCGACUCCGGGCCCAUUUUAACAAACGACACGAACUACAACCCAGCACAGACCGUGCUGUCACCCAGACUCCGAAAAUUAAGCCAGCAGCUGAGUUUGAGCGAGAAUUAUAAAAACGAGCGUGACUCUUGCACAAAGCACUUCGACACGUGGUCAGAACAGGAGCAGGUCGACUUUGUGGAGCAUCUUAUCCUUAGAAUGUGCCAUUACCAGCAUGGACAGAUAAACUGCUUUCUUAAACCAAUGUUGCAACGGGAUUUUAUAUCAGCACUGCCAGCACGAGGCCUUUCACAUGUAGCAGAAAACAUACUUACAUACCUUGACGCAAAGUCACUCGGUGCGGCUGAACUUGUGUGUAGGGAAUGGUACAGAGUUGUACAAGAUGGUCACUUGUGGAAACGUCUUAUUGAACGAAUGGUCAGCACACAUUCUCUGUGGAAGGGCUUGUCAGAAAGAAUGGGCUGGGGCCAACAUUUGUUCAAAGGAAAGCCGGAAAAUUCCGUUCCAGAUUCAUUCUUCCGCAGCCUAUACCCUUCCAUAAUAUCUGACAUUGAGAAAAUUGAGUCUAACUGGCGAUGUGGCAGACAUGACUUGAAACGAAUAAUGUGCCGAAGUGACAACAGUAAAGGUGUAUAUUGCUUACAAUAUGAUGAUGAUAAAAUUGUCUCCGGUCUCCGUGACAACACGAUUAAGUUAUGGGAUCGACGCACUCUUGAAAAUACAAAGGUCCUAACUGGCCACACGGGGUCAGUAUUGUGCUUACAAUACGACGAGCGUGUCAUAAUCACUGGUUCAUCAGAUUCGACAGUGAGGGUGUGGGAUGUAAAUAGCGGUGACCUGGUCAACACACUUGUACAUCAUUGUGAGGCAGUUCUGCAUUUAAGAUUCGACAAUGGCCUCAUGGUCACUUGCUCUAAGGACCGUUCGAUUGCUGUAUGGGACAUGGUAUCAGCUAAAGAGAUAAACAUGAGGAGAGUAUUGGUUGGUCACAGAGCUGCUGUUAAUGUGGUUGAUUUUGACGACAAAUAUAUCGUUUCUGCAUCUGGGGAUAGAACUAUUAAGGUGUGGAACACACUCACUUGUGAGUUUGUGCGAACACUCAAUGGACACAGGCGUGGCAUAGCGUGCUUGCAAUACCGUGACCGCCUCGUAGUUAGCGGUUCUUCAGAUAAUACAAUACGAUUAUGGGACAUAGAGUUCGGUGCGUGUCUUCGAAUAUUAGAAGGUCAUGAAGAGUUAGUUCGUUGUAUUCGAUUCGACAACAAACGAAUCGUCAGUGGUGCAUAUGAUGGGAAAAUCAAAGUAUGGGAUUUACAAGCUGCCCUUGACCCCAGGUCACCAUCAAGUACAUUGUGUUUGAGAACUUUAGUUGAGCACACUGGCCGUGUUUUCCGACUUCAAUUCGAUGAGUUUCAGAUUGUGAGCAGUUCUCACGACGACUCUAUUCUAAUCUGGGACUUCUUGGACGUCCCACAAGCUCCCACUGAAGCCACCAAGUCUCCAAACCGGACGUACACUUAUGUUCAACGGUGACAUAACUUCGGCGCAAAAUUGACAAUCCCCAUGUCUGUAGCAACCUCACAUUUUCUUUGAAGCUUUUCUUGUUGUAGCUUGAGCCUAGCUCAACACCCUACAAAUGAAAUCCUUUGCCCCGAAACAUAAAAUUAAUCCCAAUUUAAAUGCAUUUAAAACUAAAUUGCCGACAAAGCUUUGUAACUCAAUUGCUUUCCAUUACAACUUUUCCUAUUCUCUUGGCUUCUUUUUUUCUUUCUUUUCUCCUGCGAAUAUUAAGAUCUUAUAAGAAGUAAUAUAAUUCCCUUAAAGUACAAAGUGAACCUGCAGGGUGCAGCUCAACGUGCACGAGUUGCACGGUGGACACGAAAGCUUGUGUAACUGCAAGGCCCACAGCACCCACACGCCCCCUGCUGUUAAAUCAAACGCUUUCAAAUGGUUUGUUACUUGUUCGAUUUUAGGUCGCCCACCAAACGUUUGCUAUGAAUACUGUACAACGUUAAUAAAUUUACCGGCUUUUGCCAGUUUA